UGUGUGUGAGUGUGUGAGAGAGAAAAACCAAAAACAACAAAAUAAAGCAAAUCAUAAUAAACAAAAAUUGAAAAUCCUCUAAAGAAAUUUUUUCGGUGUCAAAUCGAAAAAAGUGCUUUUUGUGCGUCAAUUUAGAUAAAAAAUUCAUCAAUUCUUUCCACAGUUCUUUUAAUCUUCAAAAAAAAAACAAAUCUAAAUAAAAAUGGCUGGUGAACGUCCAAAGCGUCCUUUGUCCGCAUACAUGUUGUGGUUGAAUGAAAACCGUGAACAACUCAAAAAAGAAAAUCCCGGCAGCAAAGUUACCGAAAUCGCCAAAAGAGGUGGUGAAUUAUGGAGAGGACUUAAGGACAAGACAGAAUGGGAACAAAAAGCCAUUAAAAUGAAGGAAGAAUACAACAAGGCUGUUAAGGAAUACGAAGCUAAUGGCGGUACUGAUACCGGUGCCGGUAAGAAACGCAAGAGCAAGGCCUCCAAGCCCGUCAAGAAGGCCAAGAAGAAAGAGACCUCAGAAGAAGAGGAAGAAGAGGAAAGCGAUUAAAUUAAUGCAACAUGAAAAAGAAAACCUGCAAAAUUAUUUCGUUUUUUUUUUUUUUUAAUUUAUACUAAAGUGAAAGAGAACCAGAUUAAUUUUUAUGUUAAACUUACAAAUAUAAGUUUUAAACAUUUUAUAAAUGUAAGCUUAAGUGGCAUAUAUUUACAACAAAAGAAAAAACAAAAACAAAUUAUAUACAAACGGAAUAAAUAUAUGCAAAAUCUAUAAAAACAAAAAAAAAACUACAAAAAACACUGAAAAAAAUAUUAAGUUAAAUGCAAUAAGUUAGGAAAUAUUAAAACAAACCACAAAACAAAAUUUCCAGUUUUAAUUCUUUUUUUUUUAUUUCCUCAAACACAAAAACCCCCCAUCCCCGCCAACAUCCUUAACGUCAUUUUCUAUAAUUUUUAUAUAAAAGAAAAACAGAAAUGUUGAAAUGUCAUUAUGAAAUAUUUUUCAUUUGUUUUUUUUUUACUUUAAUUUCGUUUUAAGUUAAAUUGUAUGUAAAUUUAUAAUUAUUUUCAAAAAAUAAUUACAUUUUAAAAACUUUAGUUUCAACUUAAUUUUUAUUAUGUCUGUGUAUAUUUUUAUAUACAAUAAAACAAUUUUUAAUUAAAAAAAAACAUAAAAUAAAUAAAAUAAACAUGAAAAACAAAAAUACUUUAAAAAACAAAAUAAACAAAUAAA